UCUCAGAUAACUGACUAGCCUACCGUUUAAGAUAUUGACAUUUAAAUGUUUGUGUUGGUCUUGUCUGGACUUCAGAUCAUACAUAACUCUUGGUGAAUAGAUUUCAUCACUUACCAGACAAUUGACACACCCAACAUGAUUUCACAGAAGAGGAAGGAGACAAAAUAGUAAAAAAAAAAAAAAUCUUUCUGUAGUCCUCAGAUUGCACUUGUGGUGGGUGUCGUGCUGCUUUUCUGUGUGGUGAAAGAGUAAUGUCUUCCUAUUUUAUUUCUCUGAAUACUGGUCAGACUGCAAACUUCCUCGACAAAGGGCCAGACAGAGCAUUGCCAAGGGCGUAGCAGCAAGAUACAAGGAACCAUUUUCUGACAGGCCUCAAAGUCGAACAUGGCUGUGGAUAUGACUGCACCGUAACAGAGGAGGUGUUGCAGCCAAUUGUCUUUCAAAGGAUUUUGUAUUUCAUUUAUAUUCAGAAGAAGAGAAGGGAACAAUGAGUUUUGACCGAGUGCCAUCCAAGUCAGUGGUAAUGGACUGGAAUCCACACCAAUUGGCAGACUACAUGAAGAAGUUGAAUUUAAGUGGCUGCGAUAAAGUCAUUAUGAAAUGUAGCAUAAGUGGAGAAAGGUUCUUGAACAUGACUGAAAAUGACCAUCAGAAAUUCCCCAAAAUCCAUGCGCCACUCAUCUCCAAAAUCUGCAGUGAAAUCAACAGGAAAGAAGAAAAAAGGAGAUUCUUUACUAAAAGAACUGCAGCACCAAAAUACGAACCAGCUAUGCCGCAAGAGGAUCAGCCCUGGGGACCGGAUGAAUUUGAUGAGGGGAGUGACGAAGACUAUGAGAAUCCAGAUGCUGAGGAAGAUGAUGGCAGUGGGGGAGAUUACGAGUCACCAACAGAGGGAGUUGAACAUGAGGACAGUGACAACGGCUAUGAGUCACCUCCGUCUGAGGCGCCUGAAGAGAUUCCCCAUCAGCUCCGUGCUGCCAAGCCCAUGGCUGACAGGGAAUACAUUGAUAGUACACCGCACCGCAGUACAGCUAGAAGCCAUCCUCCUCCAACAACCCAACGCCCUGGGGCUGGUCCUCCAAUCCCCUCUGCCAGUCACCCUAGUCUGCUGCAGCCUCCCCCACCCAGAAGAGAGCAAUCUCCCCAGCACCCUGGCAGAAUAACUGGCAAGUUGCCUGCUACUUCCUCAAAUGCUGCCCCCGCUCCACCAGUUGACCGCAGAAGAAAGCCCACCAAACUGGAUCACACAAGACCUGCUGAAUCUCCAAUACCAGCAACGAAGUUAAACACAACUAAUAUGCCUGCUCCACAUUCAUGGAGGCCUCAGGCAGAAGAGAGGGGUCCAGAUCCUCCCAGAAUGCCCAAACCUCCCCUCCCUGGGUCAAGUAGUGUCAGCAGGAGCAGCUCGUCGGUCAGCAGAGCCCCACUGAACAACAACAGAUAUGUGCCUGAUGCAAGAAAUGAGGUACAAGAUGAUGUGCCCAUGCCCAAACCAUACAACUCCAACACAUUUCCUAGACCAGGGCACCCUAGAGCAGCGCUCCCCGGACCACUCUUACAUUCAGACGGCUUUCCUCCUAAUAUCGCUUCCACUGCAUCUCUACCUUCAAAACUGCAGGCACUGCAGGCAUCCAUCUCACCCAGGGGCAGUUCUAGGAUUGUGCCAGACAGACACAUUAUGCCCGCUCCGCCACCUAUGCAAGCUUCUCUCCCCCCACCGGCAGACCUAGAGGAUGAACAGGACCUGAACCCUCAGUGGUACGUUGGUCAGGUGACACGGGGUCAAGCGGAGGGCUGUCUCAGACAGGUCAACAUGGACGGUGCAUUUCUGGUACGGGAUAGUUCGAAACGUUCGUCCAUUCAGCCCUAUACACUCAUGGUACUCUACCAGGACAAAGUUUACAACAUCCAGAUCCGCUGUGAACAGAAUGAGUUUCUGCUGGGGACUGGUCUGAAGGUCUCAGAGACCUAUCCGAUGGUGGCACACAUCAUCGCCCAUUACAGACAGUCACCGCUUCUGCUGAUUGAUGCUAAGAACCGUGGAUCACAACAGCAGAGCCAGUGUCCCCUGAUCUACCCAGCAGGAGGAGCACUAGCACGUCUCUACCCGUCCUUUUAACAGACAGCAGAGCCAGUGUCCCCUGAUCUACCCAGCAGGCAGAGCACUAGCACGUCUCUACCCGUCCUUUUAACAGACAGCAGAGCCAGUGUCCCCUGAUCUACCCAGCAGGCAGAGCACUAGCACGUCUCUACCCGUCCUUUUAACAGACAGCAGAGCCAGUGUCCCCUGAUCUACCCAGCAGGAGGAGCACUAGCACGUCUCUACCCGUCCUUUUAACAGACAGCAGAGCCAGUGUCCCCUGAUCUACCCAGCAGGCGGAGCACUAGCCCGUCUCUACCCGUCCUUUUAACAGACAGCAGAGCCAGUGUCCCCUGAUCUACCCAGCAGGCGGAGCACUAGCACGUCUCUACCCGUCCUUUUAACAGACAGCAGAGCCAGUGUCCCCUGAUCUACCCAGCAGGCUGAGCACUAGCACGUCUCUACCCGUCCUUUUAACAGACAGCAGAGCCAGUGUCCCCUGAUCUACCCAGCAGGCAGAGCACUAGCACGUCUCUACCCGUCCUUUUAACAGACAGCAGAGCCAGUGUCCCCUGAUCUACCCAGCAGGAGGAGCACUAGCACGUCUCUACCCGUCCUUUUAACAGACAGCAGAGCCAGUGUCCCCUGAUCUAGCCAGCAGGCAGAGCACUAGCACGUCUCUACCCGUCCUUUUAACAGACAGCAGAGCCAGUGUCCCCUGAUCUACCCAGCAGGCGGAGCACUAGCACGUCUCUACCCGUCCUUUUAACAGACAGCAGAGCCAGUGUCCCCUGAUCUACCCAGCAGGCCGAGCACUAGCACGUCUCUACCCGUCCUUUUAACAGACAGCAGAGCCAGUGUCCCCUGAUCUACCCAGCAGGCAGAGCACUAGCACGUCUCUACCUGUCCUUUUAACAGACAGCAGAGCCAGUGUCCCCUGAUCUACCCAGCAGGCGGAGCACUAGCACGUCUCUACCCGUCCUUUUAACAGACAGCUGGGGGAGUGAUAACAAUAACAUGGAGCAAUAGUCAAGAUUCACAGUGGUUUUAAAGGACUGCCACUAACAUUAUGGGUGGAAGGACUUAUGCAACCUUUGAAUUGCAGUUCAUAGUUCAUGUAAGGUAAUUUCAUGUAAAGACAAGUGACUCUUGGAUUGAGAUGGUAGGUACGGUACAUCUCUGUCAACUGUUCACUGUAUGGACCUCAGAAAGAAAAGUCCAUAUACACAAUAAUAUUCGUAGUUUUUGUCUCAAUGUGUAUUUUAUUAUUUCAGUAUUGAAAGCACAGAAGCUGAAAAUGUGCAUGUGAGUAGUUAUGUAAAUGCCUGUGUUUGCUCUGUUAUUUCCCUGUUACAUGCAAUGGAAAGGUCUAGAAUAGCAGCUAGCUCUGCAAUGAAUCAGAAGCAGCAUACAUUAUCCAAGUAAGGAAAUAGUGGGGUAGACAGUCAGUCACAACUGCUGAGCUUUUUUAAUAUGAAUUUUGUUUCAAUUUCCUGCAUUGUUUAAUGGUUAAAUGAAAACUAUAUUCUUUAAUCUCUCACACUGUAUGUUCCAUAACAUAGCUAUUAUCAAUAUUUCAAAUAAACGUUUGCAUUUUUUUUAUUGGAAA